UUGUGAGAAAUAAAAUGAUGAUAUAUUAACUUUAGAUGACAAAACUAUAAACAUUUGAUUGAAUAUGACUAUUUAUAUGUCUGGAUUCGUCCUACUGCUAACGAUGCCUUAACUGAAUAUUGAUUUUAGAAGAGAUACAUCUAUGACUUUGUGUGUGCCAUUCUGUUUAUUUCAAUAAUUUUUAAAUCAAAGUCGGAUGUUAUCAGCCUUCAUCAAUUCAAAACGUGUAAAGGCACCAACACCGCACCAAACCGAUGUCUUGUGCAUUACGAUUUUUACCAAUAGAUGCUGAUGAUUGUACCAGGAAGGACAUACAUAAGGACGGUGAACACUGGCGCAGGCAAAAUGGUUACAUCACACAUUUGAAACCAAUAUUUUUCACCGAACUAUAUUAAACGACACUUAAUAUUUCCAAGUACGUGUUAGCACAACUACCUGCAAGACAUCGUGUGUUGGUCUCAAGCCCGAAAAAGAUCAGUAGCAAAUAUAAGUACAGAAAUAUACUAAAAUCAUACCAUAUUUUUAUUACGUUGGAACACAAACUCCCCUCAGAUCAGCAUCCAUAGAUUGAAGAAAUCAAAAGAAGAGAUAUCCAACUGCAGUCCGUGUAUCUUUCCAAAGAUGGUUUUUGACUUCACGUUGGAAGGGAAGAACUUGAGAUGGCUUACUUUUGGAUUGUUCAUCUUCCUUAUCUGCCAGGCAGGCAUUUUCCUCGGUCUGAAAUCGGGAUCGCGUUUUAAAUAUCCGACCUCUUCACCAUUUAUGCGAAAAGCUAAAAUCAUACCAUUCGAAUCCAACAGGCAGUGUAUGGCAUGUGAUGCACUCAAGCCACCCUUAUAUAACAUCCUAGACAAUGAUAAGGACAUCACUGCACUAAGACAAAGGCAUAACUAUUCUUUAUGUUGCGGCCCUUCCAACAAUGUCAUGCAGCUUCUUAUUCAAAAGGAAAUGUCAUUGCAGUAUUACGAAACCAGCAACAGAGAUUCAAGUAUACUUCUAGAAUCGUUUACGAACAACUGUGGCCAAAAAGAGGAAUUCAAAACGCCAAAGGCUAAUCUUGUCGGUGUAGUAGAUAGCGUUCCAAGUGUUAUUGUUAAAGGCCAUUCAAAGCUUCGAUGGAAUAAAUACUGCCGCACAUUCACAGCAAACAAGUGCAUUCAUCUAGAACUUGAGGGGGAAAUCUUUGUAAAAAAACAAGGCUACUAUAUAGUUUUGUCAACACUGAAUGUUAAUUCCACGAGCAGAAACCAUACACCAGCAAUAUUCAGUCACAACGUUAAUCUACAGGCACACGGAUUUGGAACGACUGGUGUCCUUAUGCAACGCAGAAGAACCAUCAAAGAAUCAGACGGUGCUGUCUUUACAAGUUUUAUGUCCGCAGUUUUCAAGUUGCAAAAAAAUGAUGGGAUCUCUGUGUCUGUCAGCCACCCGGAAUAUGUAGCUCGUAACUCUACUGGUGACAAUUUUAUUGCAUACUUUACCUACGAUUUAAACUAAAGUAUUGCAAAAAAAAUCUUUAAAUAAAUAUAUAUCCAGUAAUUUAAAAACAUUGGCGUGUCUCUGUACAUCGCAUGAUAAACACAUCGCGGCAAUUAUUAAGAAGCGAUUUGGAAAAGCAUUUCGAAAGCAUAAUUAUUUAUCGAAUUUUAAUAAUGUUGACAAGUCAGGCUAUUGAAAAAUGAUCUGUUUGUAAUGAUGUCGGGAGCUCUUGUGAAACGUUGUAAUUAUAUUUGUGUUUUAAACUUUUGGUUAGAAAUCCGUUUGUACCAGCCAUUCAAAUUUAAGUUUACAGAGGCUGCCUUUUAAUAGUAGAUUUUCUAAAGAAAGCUUUGUUUUUGUUUUCUUAUAGCAAAAUUGAUUUCGUGGCUUCUGUUUCACUUUUCGUGGAAGAAUCUUUGAGCACCGGUGUUGAAUAGUUGUAAAAAUGGUAUCAUUUUUUUGCAAAGGGGCUUAAAAGUAAAAAAAAUCUUUUUUUUUGGUUCGAAUCAUUCAUCCGGGACGAUCAUUAACUUAUAAGCAGUUUCAGCAAAACACAUCCUAAAACGGAAUAAGGAGUUUGUAUUGUUCGAUGACUCAUUUUUUAAUAUAAAUACUAUUAUGUAGUGAAGUUAAUGUAUUGUUCUCGGUAAACAAACAUUUUAAUCACAUUUAGUAGGCAGUGAAUAUUACUGUUCGCUCACGUGUUAAAUUGCUAGGUAAAACAGGUGAUGCCAUUGAAUGUUUUACUCGUUGUCAGGCAAGGUGAACGUUUGAGUCCAUUUUUAUUUGAUAUGUAUCUAAUCGAUAUAGAGGAAGAGAUGAUGACAAAAUGUACGAAUGGCUUUGAUGUUAAUACAUUAAAAUAUGACAUAUUCCAUUUAAUAACAUAAAAGUUCCGUCAAAUUUUGAAAAGUGGGACUAGAUCUAACUAUGACAACAAGUGAAUGUAAAUGUUAUUUAUACAAUUAAAGAAUCAUUAAUAAAAUUUAUAGAAAUUUAAUUUCCAUGAGAUUAUUCUACCUAUAAUCGAAAAAAACGGAUGUUUUAAAGAAGGCAAGAAGAUAUUUUUGACAGACACAAGUACCCGUUUUCCCAUAUAGGCAAGUAUAGAUAGGCCUGAACCUAACUUACAACAACAAUUUACUACUUUUUUCCUUGAACAUCGAGACUUUUAAAGUCUAUGGAUAUAUUGGCAAACUAUAAAACAUCUUGAUUUCAUAUACAUGUGCCGUCUAAAGGAUUAAAAAUAAAAGGAUUUAAAAAAUACUCUACGUGGAUUGUGCGUCUGUCAAAAAAAGACGUUCGCGAAAGUAUGGUAAACAUUUUAAAUGUGUACAGCAUAUUGCUAAAAAGAGAGUAAUUCAGUGGUUAAUAACAUUAUUACCCUGUGAGAAUGAUCAGUUUUACGCUUAAUUGGGUAUUUAGUUGUUAAACUGUUUUAACAAUGUUGCGAAAGUCUUUUCUGUCAAUUUUAGAAAUUGACGUUCGCAUCCUUUGCUCCUUUUACGCGAUUGCUUCCGCUUACACACUGUCUUAAAAGAUACAACGGUCCGAACCAAUUGUUUCCGAAUGACACAAUAUGGCGGAAGCUGUGGCAGUUGAUGUUUAGGUCAGGCUUUUUUUGCGUUUAUUUUCGUGUCUGUCAACAAAAUAUGAUGAUCGCAACUAUUGGCGUUAGCAACCAAGGGCUAGAUUUAUAGCGUUUCAAAUCGUAUACAGGUUAAUAUCACUUAUUAAAGGUCAUUUGUCGACAUUAAAUCGACGACCUUGUUGUCCGCGAUGUUGAUGGUGGUAACAUUUUCGAGUUUCGUUCUCCGGCUGUUUCGUACGUCAUAUAUUGACGGAAAAUGUUGUUGCUAACAUUCAAUAUUGACGGAUUCAAUUGUUGCGACCGUCAUUCUUUGACACCGAUUAUUGUUGCGAUCGUCAUUAUUUGACAACUGCAGUGUUGCUAACGUAAUGCAUAGACAGAAUUUCCUGAUGCGUUCGUCAUGUUUUGACAACUGUUGUGGUGCUAUCGUCAUGUAUUGACAGAAGUCAUGAUGUCAACGCCAUGCUACUUUAGACUCUCAUUUAUUGAAUAAAGAAACUUGGUUAAAAGAAUUUAAAAAAUAAACAAAAAAUGUAUUUAUUAUUGUGCAGUGAAGAACCUGUUUACACAGCUUAUUUAAAUGUGCUGUAAGAAAUAUAAUUAAAUACUUUUAGCAAAAUCGUGUUGACCAUGUGUACAUUUAAUCAGGAGAAGAGUUAUAAUAUCUUUUAUUAUAACAGAACAUUAAUUAAUUUUGUGUAAAGAAUUUGAAUUAAGAUGUUGUUACUUGACUCCUUUGAAAAAUGAUUAGAGUAAAUAGAGAAUUCUAACAUGACACGCGACUUUGUCACAAUAAACAAAGAACAAAUCUAGCAUUGUUGAUUGUGCAAAAAAAACGGCUGGACAAAUGGCGCCACUUUGUCAAGUUCAUGACAUCAUUGUUUACUUAAAGACGUCUGGUUGCUAGUGGACGUCGGUUACAACACGCGUUAGAAUAUAGUUCUGCAUAUUUGAGAUUGAUACAGAGUUAUAGUCAUGUUAGAAUGAAAAUAAUCGAUGCAUUCUUGUUGUUCAUCGUCUGAUAUAUCACUUUGUGCAAAUCGUUCGGAUGCUUGUACAUUUAACCACUCAGGCUACGCCCUCGUGGUCAAAUUCCUGCGCAUCCGAACUCUUUGCACACCUUGAUAUAUUAGACGAUGAACAACGCGAAUGCAUCGAUUAUUUUUUAAUCUUAAUAUACUGAAAGCGAAAUGACUGAAUAAUAUGGGGCUAGCCAUAUAUUUAAGUCAAGUUAUUAUGAUCGCCUUGUUGUCGUCGUCUUUGUCAUUUAUGCAUCGUCCCAAAACUUUAACCUGACCUCAUAACUCAAAAACCGUUCAACAUUUUCAAACGAAACUUGGUGUACACUAUAUUCCUAGGAGCAAAACACGUAUAUCUAUACAAAGUCACAUAACUCUGGCUUUAAUAAUUACUAAGUUAUUCCCUUGUCGAACUUAAAAAACCCGACGAGCAUUGGCACUACCUCUGAAAUGCUUUUGUCAAGUUAAUUGUGUGAUUUUUAAGCUGUGACACCCUGAACUGACAGACAACUGGUGCAACAAACUGUACGCUCGGGCAGUUUCCAAGCAAUGUCACAUAUAGAGGAUAUUAAAUGAAUGUAUGUUGAGGAUUUAAUUUAUUGAUCGAGUUGGAUAAAAUAUAUUUCUAUCCAUCGAGUCAUUGUGAUAGCCUUGGCGUUGUCUGCGUCGUCAUCGUCUGCGCAAAAAAAACCUUUAACCUUACCUCAUAACUCAAAUGGAACUUGAUAGAUAUAUUCCUAGGAAAUGGAACACAUAUCUAUACAAAGUCACAUAACUCUGGCUUUAUUAUUACUGAGUUAAAUGCCCCUUUUAAAAAAAGACGAGCGUUGGCACUCGCUCUGUGUUGCUCUUGUUAUCACAUAGUAUUUGUUGUUUCCGGGUUAAUUAAACCUUCAAGAAUUUUCUUAUCUUACACACAUGUUUACAAGACAAGAAAUGACGCCAUAGCUUAAUCAUGCUAUAUUGUACCAAAUGACGUCACAAUACACGACGUUACUUUCAGCUUAUUCUGCUAACAGUUAACUAGUUUAAGUAUCAUUCAUACUCUUCAAUAUGUGAUAAAAAUAAUCUUACACUCGUUGUCUUAUAAGAUAAGCUGUUCUUAAACGCGUCUAGACUAAAAUGUUACUUAGCUCCCAAAGGCUUAUCUCAAACGACAACUCGUGUAAGAUCCAAUAUGUAUCACAUAAACACCGCAAGGCAUUGUUAUGGAAGAAAUUUGUAUUUCUGCUGUCCUUCUGCCCUAUAAAUGUAUUUGGCGCUAAAAUGUUUACAUCAUUUAUGGUAACGUCAUCAGGUUUUCAUGAAUUCUCACAGAAAUUAUCAGUGCUUGUGUAGUUCAGUGGCUAUAGAAACACUAUUUUGCCAUUGGGAAUGGUGCCCUAUACCAGAAGUAGAUACACAUGUAUAAGAUAAAACAGCCCAUGGUUCCCAAGGGUUGACUAAAAUUACCCAAGCUUUGUUCUUAAUUUCAGAUCCACCUGCUAGAAAAUGAAUAGAUCAACGACUUUUCGAAAUAAACUUAAAGGAAGAUGAUCCUGACAGAUACAAAGCGUAUUUGGACAAGCAGAAAUUGCGAAUGAAGGAGAGGAGAGAAAAACAGAAGAAAGAAUUGCAAAAGAAAAAUCCAUCUGAAGCUGCAAAGCUACAAAAACAGCAUGAACUGCUACUUCAGCGUGAAAGACAACAAAAGUGGUUAGAUAAAAAGAAAAUGGAGGCCAAUGGCUCUAUCAAAACUCCGCCAAGGUCAGUAAAAAAAUCAGUUGUUGCAACAAGACACAGUAUUGAGUCAAAAAGGUCUUACAAUCGAGAAAUGAAAAGGAAAGAAAGACUCAUGCAGUUGACCAAAAGAAAAUGUGGAUAAGAAAAAGGGACAGAGAGAGGAAAGGUUUGAAGAGAGAGGCUUUGAAGAGAGAGAAAGCUUCUCACAUACAGCCUGCAAGUUCAGUCACUAGCCCAGUCAACCCUUUUACUUUAAAGAGAACGGAAUGGAAUAUAACAAGUAAAGUACGAAGAAAGUUGCCAAACUCACCUGGAAAAUUUGCAAAAGUCAUUUCAAACCUAAAACAAAGAGCAAGUCCAAGGAAAAAGAAGGCGUUAGAUGACCUUAAAGAAGCCCUUUCUGUGAAAAAGAGAAAGGUAGAUAAGAAUCGGCGAAACAAUAGCUCAUGUAAGGCAGCAACACGGCUUGUUAAGAAAAGUUUUUUGAAACGCAAAAGUAGAGUAGAUGUUUUGGGGAUCCGGAAGUUUUUCAUGAGAGAAGAUAUAUCACGCAUACUGCCGCAGAAACGAUAUGCAACCAAAGAUGGUAAUGGGUACGCUAUGCAAGUGUCGCUAAAGGCAGCUCACUCGAAAUACAAUUUUGAAAAUCCUACCAAAGCAGUGAGUCUGGGAAAGUUUGCUGCCCUGCGAAAAAGAAAUGUCCGUCUUUUAAAGAUUUCAUUCCGGGAGUAUUGCUGCUGUGUCUACUGUAUUAAUGUAAGAUACAAGAUGCUUUCCCUUACUAAGGCCAUGGCAGAUCCAGAAAAGAUGAAGAGUACCAAUGAAAUGGAUAUUCCAAAUAUUGUCUUGUGUCCAAAACGUGAUGGUCAACAAUUUCAUGAUCCUGCAUCAAUGGUAUUUGCAAGGACUGCAAUAGUCAUAUGAGCAAACUGUCUGAGUACUACAAAAGCGUCCCUGAGGAAAAAACAUUAACAUGGUGCAGAUGGGUGUAUGAGAAAAAUGACAUGGGUAAAAGUAAGCGUGUGGUUGUUACAAAAAAAGGAACAAAACAAGAAUGUCUGAAGGAGUUUCUGGAACAUGACAUACUGAAGGCAGCUCAAGGUACAAACAUCUUUCAACAUCUGCAUACAGCAAUUUGGCAAUCAAAUCAAUUUAAUAAGAUUAAACAGGAACUUCCAAACAGGGAUAUAUUGCAAGUGAUGGAUUUUGCUAAAAACAGGGAGGUGAAGUACCAAGAUGAGGUAAAGUCUGCCUUUUAUACCGCCAGUCAAAUAACAUUACAUCCCAUAGUGACAUAUUACAAAUCAGACAUUGGUCUCGUCAGACAUUCGAGUAUAGUCAUAUCUGAGGACAACGGGCAUGAUUAUCAUGCGGUUAACCAUUUCGCACAGGUUGUUGACCAUGAACUAGAAAAUACUCUAGGCUACAAGCCCAACAGAAAAGUGAUAUUCAGUGAUGGGUGCAGUGCACAAUACAAAUCCAAAGGACCACUAGCUGACAUUGCCCACUCAAAUGAUACAAAAAUCAACAGAAACUUUUUUGGAUCAGAACAUGGUAAAGGUGAUUGUGAUGCAGAAAUUGGCGUUUUAAAUAAAGCUGUAGACAGGGCUAUUGUAGGAAGACAUGCACAAAUAAAUAACGCCAAUGAACUUUACAAGUACUGUAAACAAAACUUAGAAUUAGAUGACAUUCUUUCGAAAAGAACUUUUCAUUUUGUUGGUUUGGGAGAAAUCAACAGAGAUAGACCAGAUGUUACAAAUGUUAAAACAGUUCCAAAUACAAGAAAGCUACACCAAGUGCUGAAUAUUAGGUCAGUCAAAGACAAACUGAAAGUUAGAAAUCUAUCAUGGUUUUGUAACAAUUGUGAGGUGGAUGACCCGGACUGCUUAAAUGCUAAGUAUGUGAAUACUUUUGAAAUAAAGACCCUUGUGCCUGAGAGACUGAAAUGCCAGGAAAGCCAGCCCGCUCCAGAUACAGUGUCGUCUCGUCGAAAUGGUCCAACAAGAAAAACCAAGCCAAAAACCAGGCAGUGCGAUGUCCAGAAAAGACAAUCCACUGAAUCAGAUACAGAUUCAGAUUCAUCUCAUCGAAAUGGUCAAACAAAAAAAACCAAGCCAAAAACCAAGAAGUGCGAUGUCAAGAAAAGACAAUCCACUGAAUGAGAUACAGAUUCAGAUUCAUCUCAUCAAAAUGGUCCAACAAGAAAAACCAAGCGAAAAACCAAGAAGUGCGUUGUCCAGAAAAGACAAUCCACUGAUCCAGAUACAAAGUCAUGUCAUCGAAAUGGUCCAACAAGAAAAACCAAGCCAAAAACGAGGCAGUGCGAUGUCCAGAAAAGACAAUCCACUGAAUCAGAUACAGAUUCAGAUUCAUCUCAUCGAAAUGGUCCAACAAGAAAAACCAAGCCAUAACCAAGAAGUGCGUUGUCCAGAAAAGACAAUCCACAGAUCCAGAUACAGAGUCACCUCGAGGAAAUGGUCAAACCGGAAAAAGCAGUUCCAUCUGUUUCAAAACUGUGAUUGAGACAUUGGAACAAGCAACCACAUUUCAGGAGUUAAAGCAAAUGGUGAUGUACUUCAGACAAGAAAAUGUUAUGAAGGAUAUAGAAUUACAAGGACAAUCAUACAAUGUUGUUCAGCUAUCUGCAUGCAUUGACCAAUAUGCAAAAGAUCUGAUGCCAGAUGAAGUUUGGGAACCAGAAAUUUUGAGAGUACCAGUAAGAGUUGGGGCUGAUGGCAAUUGCCUACCUCGUUGUGGCUCAAUUUUCUCUUUUGGAUCAGAAGACCAUCAUCAAGAAAUACGAGCAAGAAUAGUAAUAGAAAUGGUUGAGAAUUCGGACAUUUAUCUUGAUUACAAGUUUCUGUCACAGGGCCGAGAUGAAAACUCUGAAAUUAGGGCUGAGCAGCUACCGAACCAUUUUGCAAUGUAUUCGGAUAAAUUUAUGCCUGGCAGCCAGUUAUCUCCAUCAAAAAUCAGAUCCAUAUAUGAACAAGAAGUUCUAGAUAUCUGCCAAAACUCUGUCUACAUGGGAAUCUGGCAAUUGUUCGGGCUUGCUUCAGUACUUGGUUGUAAUGUGCAGUCUGUAUACCCUAAUCUCGGAAAUCCUCAUGUCAGAGAAGACUUGAACAGGCUUAUAAAGCCAAGAGGAACAGAAACCAAAGAACGUGUUCAUAUCCUGUGGACAACAACAAGGACUGAUAUGUUGGCUAGUAAUUGGGUUCCCAACCACUUUGUUCCCCUGUUGCCCAUUAGCAAACAUUCUGAUGAAGUUCUGUUCUCAGACUCUGAGGAGGAAAUAGAUGAAUCACUAUCUGUAUUGGAAUUUCUACAGAAUUGGGAAGAUAACAGAGCUAAUCCAGAUGAUGAAGGCCUGUCAACAAAACAGUAUAUGACAGAGCAAUAUGACCAGGCAAGAGAUGACAUUAUGACAGACCAGUCAGAGAUUCCAACAGGUUGGCCUGAUGAGCAGAUGAGCCAAACAGAGGGCCAGUCAGUAUUAGACAACCCCAUGGAGACAAGUCCCAUAGCAGAUCCAGACAGUCAAGCCUAUCUGCCGGAUAGCCUAGAUGGCUCAAGGUACAUUCCUCAGUAUGAUGGCCAUGUGACAGAGCCAUAUGACCAGAAAAGAGAUGGCUCCGACAUUCAGACAGUCAAGCCAGACAGUCCAUCCUGUGGGCCUGAUCUUUGGAUGAACCAACCAGUGGGCCAGCCAGUAUCAGACAAUCCCAUGGAGACUAGUUCUUUAAAGCAUCAAGACAGUAGACCUUAUCUGCUUGAGAGCCCGUCAAGCUCUAGGUAUACAACAUCUCUUGAUGACUUAGUAGCUGAACUUGACCAGGCAAGAGAAGAUGCUGUCACUCUGCCAAUCCAGCCAGAGAGCCAGACCGGUCAGCCCAAUGAGUGGACCAGACAGUAUCCGGACCAAGACCAGACAGCAUCCGACAACCCAAUGGACCAAUCAGAUACUCAGCUCAUUACUAAAGCAAGGUUGUUGAUGGACCGACGGAUCCGCAGUUUGGAAUUUGGGCCCAAUAUUUCAAAAAAUCUAGGAGUGUGUGGAUCCUCAAUGAUGAACAAUAUUUCAUUUUAUUUUCUGAUAUUGUUCAAUGCUUGGAGGUUCCAUCUAUUGGCAACGCUGGAUCUCGCAUUUAUUAUUCUUUUCCAGAUUUUUUAUAAACUUAAAUGCCUCGUUUGAUAUAAUCCGAGCCUUCUCUGCCCCUAAACCAGCCCUUUUUAAGAUUUUUGAUAUUUCAUGUUUCUGGCACACGUAGGG